UCUGUAUAAAACGUCGCUGACGGAGACUCUCUCCUCAGUUCAUCUAACAUCCGAAUUCAGUUCGACGAUACAACAAUGAAUAAUUUGGGUGUCGUCCUAUUAUUAUUGACGUCGUACGGUGUAUGUGAUGUAUUAGCUGGUAGGCGUUACAUUGCUAUACCCAUUGAUGGCAUAGACGUGUUAGAAUUGAAUCCGAUAUCACUAUCGGCUUCAAGAAUUGCUCGUCAAGCAGAUCCGGCGGCUUACGUACCUAUAGCCGUACCAAAUCUUCAUCACGAGGAGUUGGAGAAUUCACGAGCUGAGAGAUCCAUCGGUCAAAUUCUGGAUUAUGUGGAUUAUGGUGGACAUACCGGAUCUAACGGUGCAUUUGGCUGGUACGCCGAUUAUCCAGCACAUCAUUAAUAACCAUAUACCUUACGAAUACAAAUGGGU